GAUAGUACAUGGUCAGUCCGUCUGUUUCAGGGGCUGGGUUUCUCUUUUUUACCCAAGAAGAGGAAAAAAAAAAAAGAAAUCAGCAGUUUUAAGCAUGUCGAGACAAAGACACUGAGCUUACACUGACAAAUGAUGAUCUAAAAAACCUCCAGAAGUCACCAUGGCCAUAAGGGAGCUCAAGGUUUGCCUUUUAGGGGACACUGGAGUCGGGAAGUCCAGCAUUGUUUGCAGAUUUGUUCAGGAUCAUUUUGAUCACAACAUAAGUCCGACCAUAGGAGCGUCGUUCCUGACUAAGACGGUGCCGUGUGGAAAUGAACUGCACAAAUUCCUGAUCUGGGAUACGGCCGGACAGGAACGGUUUCAUUCGUUAGCUCCCAUGUACUACAGAGGAUCGGCUGCUGCUGUCAUAGUCUACGACAUAACUAAACUGGACUCGUUCCAGACACUGAAGAAGUGGGUGAAGGAGCUGAAGGAACACGGCCCAGAAGACAUCGUUGUAGCUAUAGCAGGGAAUAAAAAUGAUUUAGGGGACAUCAGGGAAGUUCCUAUGAAGGAAGCUAAGGAGUUUGCUGAAUCAAUCGCAGCUAUUUUCAUCGAGACUAGUGCCAGAAACGCUGUCAAUGUCGAGGAGCUCUUUCAGAAAAUCAGUAAACAGAUUCCCCCCCUGGAAAAUCCCGAAGUGGAGAGCAACGACUCGUUUAAACUCACCCGGCAGCCCGCUCCGUCCGCCAGGAGGUGCUGCUAGUGCGGGGACCGGCCGACGAUGAGAUUUACUUCCUCCAGCGCCGGGGACCGCGCCAGCACAGCACAUGGUCCACAAUGCACACAGUGUCUUAUCCCCGGGAAAGACAACACAGUGGACGGACUGAGGUCAGCUUGCACGUGUGGUGAGCUGCGACAUGAAACAGGAAAAACCUGCCAGUACAGUAUUACAUUGGUCGACGCGCCAGAUUCAACGAGGCACAUUUAUUGCAUUUAGCUGCAGCAGUUUCAGCCCUGACGGAGUCAGGAAGCCCUAGGUUUUGCUCCCCUCUGGUGGCGUUCGCGUUGAAUUACAUUACGAUUUCUAUCUAAAGAAAGUUUAACCCAUUUCACGUAACAAAUCAAGAGAAAGUGAUGAAACACAUCAGCUUUGUUUAUUGCACUGUUGCUCUCCAGUCGCACACGUUGAAUGACAGUUUUUAACGUUUCUUACCAAGUCUUCACCAACUUGUGUGCAUGUAUUUAUCACCCGAUAUAUAUAUGUAUAUAUAUAUAUAUUUAUAUAUAUUUUUUUUUUUUCAAGAAUAAGAGGAUGUUAACAUCAGACCUUUAUCCAGUUGCACAGCUCAGAUGCAGCGGCUUUACAUUCCUCUCGUCAUGUGUUUCCACGCACAUUUAUUUCGUAAAAGGGUUUAACUGUAAUGCUGCAGAGCGAACGGCUUUAGAGGCCUAAAUCACAUUUACAGGCUGACACCCCCCCCCCUGUCUCCCCCUCGCUGAAACACUGUGACCGAUACUAGAAUUGUUUACAUAGCGAUGUGUUGAAGAUGUUUUUUCUACAUGCUGAAUUGUGUUUUGCUUGAGAUUUCACUGCAGGGAACGACUGAACACGACCGCAAAAAAAAAACAUGAGCUUUCUGUGUGUGUUACCUGAGAAGGGGUUCGUUUAUAUUUGUUGUUUGGCAAGAGAAAAAAGUCCUGCGUGUAUUUUACUGAAAACAAAAAUGUUAUUUUGCGUAUACUAACUGAAUGUAGUCCUCACCUGCGACUAUUUCCCCCCCGUUCAGAUCUGGUAUUAACCUGCGUCCUGGGUGAUCAGAUCUCAACUGGCCGGUGUGAACACACGCACAGAGGCUGCGUUUGAGAUCCAAUCCCUUUGACCAUAUUUGGAGGUGGUCUGAGACCCUUGUGACCGCUCUCCCCUUUACUAGUGUGAACAUACAAUGCACCCUGUGUGAUGAUGCACCGACCGCUGCCCACUCAGCUGACGUCCUGUGCAUGUGGAGGGGUUUGCCACAUUCAUUGAGAAAAGACACGCAAACGAGUGAAGUGACAAAAAAGUGAGCGAUGUGUGUUUGUUAGCAGAUGGAGACUUUUAAAGUCCUUGUAGCUAAAAAAAACAGCCUGAAUCUCAUCAGUAAUUAUUAAACAGAAUGAUUUAAUAUGAAUAAUCGUGUAAGUCCAUCAGAACAAAAACUUACCAAGUGGUUAAUUAGAGCCAUGUGAAGUAUUUUGUCAACAAUGAUGACAUGCGUGCGUGUGGAAGCUACCAGAGUCCCUAGUUAUAACCUGAGCUCUGGAAUAACUAAUGUGAGUCAGGAGAUAAGUAAACAAAUAGCUUAACAUGUGCUCAUUACGUCCCACAAUUCAUAUGAUGCCCCCAUGUUGAGGUGGACACGCGACGAACAGAGGUGGUCACUUGUGAUCCGAACACUGAGAACGCAUUUUAAUACCAAGGCCCAUGUGUAGUGUUUGCUGCUGUUAUUCAGUAACAGUAGUGCUCUUGGAUUUGGCCGCUUGAGAAAUCUGUAAACCGCACUUUUGCGUAUAUUUAACAGAAUAUCAGAUUGGAGUUAAAGACUUGAACCGUAAUGUCACUAUAGAGGGUUUGCACUGACGUCACUGCCGCCCGAGGCCACGCCCCCUUGAGUGGCAGAAACGUGGUGAAAUGUAGCAGUAGAUACAGCGAGAUCAGGAAAAAUGUGGAUUAUCAGAUCAAAUUAAGGACAAUGAUCCAUACGAACGACUGUGGGUUUGGAAAAGUGGAUUAGCCUCAGUUUCAGUUAGUUUAAGGUCAUUUCAGUUAAUGAUAAAUGUAGCUAAAUAAAAGAUGCUAACGCUAAGAGCUUUACCGAGAAGUAACGUUAACCACACAAUAGUGUAGCAUCCGACUGGACGUUAAAAGGACGACGAGGAGUGAUCACAAAUAUUCACUUUAUUGUUAUUUAUUGUUGGAACUGAAAUAGUUACUUUGGGCCGUAACUACACCAAAACAACAACAUCAUCCACAAACUUGGACAUCCCUCCAGAACGUAACUUAAUAAGUAACUUACGGUACGACUUCAUCAAAACAAUACAGCAUAAAUUAACAUUACCUGACACUAAAUGAGAACCACAACACCAGGUUUUCCAUUUCGUAAUGCAGCGAUCCAUUUACUUCUCUUUUCUUUGGCGGAUAUCUGUAAGAAUAUAUCUCCGACUGAUUUACAAAUCUGUUGGUUCAGUCAAUCACGAAACAGCUCUUCCCCAUUUUGUUUUAAUUAAUUUUACCAUUAAAGCCUGUGAUUCAAACUAAUGCUGCUAAUCUUCAUGCUCGACUGUCACUUUUUUUGCCACUCAGUGGCCGUAACCAUGGAGACAAGCUAGCUGUGACGUCACACGCAUACCCUCUAUUUGAUUACUUUGUACAGAAUUUAAUCAAUACUAAUUAACAAAGAAACUUGUUUUGUUUUUUUUACAAUGCAGUGUGGGUGCUGCUAUGUAUCGUCCUCUACAGUAAAUUGUAUCAGACUCCAUUCAUGAAUCUGUCAAUUAGUCAGGCUUUGCUUAUUGGAAAGACCUGACCGUUUUCAAACUCUGAGGUUUCCUCGGGUGAACACAUCUUGCGCAAAAUCGCUAAGGAUAUUUUAUUUUUAUCAAAUGUCAACAUGUGACUGCAGUUAUCCACUAAAAUGUUACAGACUAAUUCCAUCAUGAGCUGCACGGUGCACCAGGGGCAGACAGUUUUAUCUGUUAUAAACUUCAUAAAAAGCAGAUAUAUUAAAUGUAGUUUGGCAUGAUUUGACCUCCUUCAGUACGUGAAAUGAGUAUUCCAACCAUAUUUACCGUCACACAAGUGCCUUUUUAUAUGUCUUCCCAAGCAAACAGACUGCUGCCACAAUAGUGCAUGAGUUACUACCAGUCUGAGUCGGUACAGACUUAAUUGUACACACAAUGAUCAAGUUUGAAACUGCCAGUUCUUCCUCGCCGUCCUCAUACUGUACGCCUAAGUCAUGCUUCCCUGUAUUCUCUGUAGACCAGAUAAACUUCUGUAUCAUAAUCAUUGUAUUAAAGUAGUAAUUAUUCUA